CCUGUCCACAUACGACAUCACCACCAGUGUGAGCCAAUGGUGGUCCAGUCAUCGCAUUUUACAAUUAUUGCUCGUUUGAGGGGCUGUUGAUCAUAUUACAAGGUGUCCCCUCAUUGGCUCAUCCACAGAAAGCUACUGCAUCAACGUAUGGAGAUGAAGGAUGUAUCGCAGGAGGAGAACUUCCUGCCAAAAUAUCAGCAGGUCACAGAGUUGUGUCAGCGCUCCGAGUAUCAGACGCCAUGUCAACAAAUCGGACAGAAGUGGCAGUGUGUGGAUGACUCCUCAGGGAGGUUGCGGCUCUUCAAGUGCAAGAACGAAGGUAGUGGGACUAAGAGCACUCAGGGGGACCAAGUCAGUGGGCGGAUGAAGUCUGGAUGGUACAGUGGCAACCUUGACAAGUGUGACUGUGGCCUUCGACCUUUGAAGCAGCGGACCUUCAACAAGAAGUCCUUCUUCUCGCGAAAGUACAUGAAAGUUCUAAAGAGCUACUCCAGGAAGCGCUUCAGUCGCUCUGUAUCGCUGACGAACAGUUUCCCUGACAACAGCAGCCUGGUGGAUGGGGCCUCGGAUCGUUCAGCAGAUGAGGAUGAGUUCAGCGGAAUGGCCGUAGCUCCCACGGCAUUUUCUUCUCCUAAAUCCCUCAAAGUCACACAUAGGUGUUCCAUUCUAAGCAACUCAACAGUGAAGUGCGACACUGGCGUCUAUGAUUCUCUACAGGCCUGGAAGGACCACAAGCUGCACAUCGACCAUGAGAUCGAGACGUUGCAAAUCAAGAUCAAGAACCUGAAAGAGGUGAAAGGCCACCUCAAGAAGGCACGCCCUCUGCUGUGCGACUGCAACAAGUAUUUCAACAAGCUCAAGGUCAAGAAGUUCUUUUACCGAAAGGGGGCCAUACAUCCAUUCAGUAGGGACAGGGCUCGCAAAAAUAAGGCAUGGCUUUUGAAGGAGCAGAAUAGGAGGAAGAAGAUGAGAAAGAUAAUCAAGAGAAUCCAGAACAAUGACACCUGUUCAAUGCCAGGACUCACCUGCUUCACACAUGACAACCAACACUGGCACACAGCCCCAUACUGGACAUUGGGUCCAUUCUGUGCUUGCACAAGUGCCAACAACAACACAUACUGGUGUCUGAGGACAAUCAAUGAAACCCACAACUUCUUGUUCUGUGAGUUUGCAACUGGCUUCCUGGAGUACUUUGAUAUGAACACAGACCCCUACCAGCUGGUAAACAGCGUGGGAGCUUUGCACGGGACACUUCUCAACACUCUCCACGCGCAGCUGAUGGAGCUGCGAGGCUGUCGAGGACAGAAGCAGUGUAAUCCUCGCAUGCGCUCACUGGACACGGAUGGAUUGGACCAUGGCAGUUUCGAAGACUACAGGCUGUUUGAGAAGAGGAAGUGGCCCCGAGUCAAGCGACCUUCGUCAUCGCGAACGCUCGGUCCAAUCUGGGAUGGCUGGAAGGGAUAAACCAUCUUAUUGGCCAAAGUUGGCUCGAUCCCACCAACCUGCCAGGAACCCGGAAAAGCAGAUCACAGUUGACUGCGUGGAUACCUUCGUGUUGCAAACAUGGACAUGCUGUCUCUUUCUGCUGUCAAUCAAACAUGGACAUGAGCCCUACAGGUGCUGUCCAUAACAUCUGAACUCCCCCCUCCAUCAAACAUUGGCAUUCCUGCGAGAUGCUCUCAGUCAAACAAUGGAUGCCCCUCCUUACACUGGCAAACACCCUCCAUUUACUGCCAGUCAACCCAAACUUGCCCCUAGCUGUCAGUCAAACAUGAAAAUGUGCAACAUUGGAAGUGUCAAUUGUUAAUACUAAUCAACUAAUACAUUCUUCCAUUUUCUCCUGUGGUAACCUCUGUAUUUUGUGUACUAAACAUCAUUAAUUGUGAAUGUGAUAUUAAUUACCAUGAUGCCACAAAGAAGGGACGUGCAGCACCAGAGGUAUAAAGUUGGAUCACCACCUGUUUACAUGUUGACACCAAUAGAAAUGCAAAAUGUUUGAAUGUGACAUCAUUCCUCAACCGCCAUGUUCUGAUGAUACUUGUUGUACAAUGCUAAUAAUGUUAAGUGCUUGUGAAUGUGAUUAAAAAAUGUGUAAUGUCAUGAACCUGUAUUAAUGUUGCUUAACGUUCAUUAGCGUGUUAUCUCACAUCACUGAUUCAAGACUCAUCUCCAUAUCCUUCCUAUCAGAUCAUGCUUUGGCCUUUGGCCUAAUAUGAUACCCAAGACUCCCGAAUGAACUCAUCCAAUAGAAUUUCUGACACUGCAUUUAUUUGGUUCAUUUCAUAUCUUUGCAACCACAUGGUUUGUUCAAUUUAAGUGCUUCACCUCAGAUCAUUCCCCCCUUUUCCUGGUGUUCCUCAAGGCUCUCUCCUUGGUCCGAUUCUUUUAAGGUACAUCGUCUAUGUGCAUUCCAUUUAAAAAUAUACCGUAUACAGUCAUGUGAAAAAAUUAAGACACCCUAGCCUGUGUGUUUUCUAACAUAUUUGGUCAUAUCAAUUUUAACAUUCUUGAGCUAUUCAAGUAAUAGAACUAAAUAAUUAAAACUGAAAAAAAGAUUUGCAUUUUUUAUAGCUUUCUGUAAAAUGAAAUAUUAAAUAAAUGCAAUUUCUGUUGAGGAAUAAAUUAGGACACCCCCAAAUUCAAUCCCACUUAAAAUGGCUAAAAUUGCAGACAGGUGUUUCACAUCGGGUGCAUAUGAUGAGAACAUCAUUAUUCAGUGUUUUGAAGGAGGCUUGCCCUAUUUAAACCUCACAUUUAGUUUGGUGUGCCCCUGACUGUUGAAGUGAGAGAAAACACCAUAGUGAGAUCAAAGGAGGUGUCUGAGGCCUUCAGAAAGAAGAUAGUUGACUCUUAUGAGUCUGGUAAGGGAUUUCAAAACAUCUCAAAAGAAUAUAAAAUCAGCCAUUCCACUGUCUGGAUAAUAGUCUAAAAGUGGAGAACAUUCAAAACAACUGCCAACAUGCCCGGGUCUGGCUGUCCAAGCAAGUUCACCCCGUGGGCAGACCGCAAGACGCUAAAAGAAGUCUCCAAAAACCCUAAAAUGUCAUCACGGGACCUACAUCAGGCUCUUGCUACUGUUGAUGUGAAAGUGCAUGCCUCUACAAUCAGAAAGAGACUUCACAAGUUUAACCUUAAUGGGAGGUGUGCAAAGAGGAAACCUUUGCUCUCCAAGAAGAACAUGAAGGCCAGACUGAAGUUUGCCAGAGUGAAUGUAGACAAAGAACGGGACCUCUGAAAUAAUGUUCUUUGGACAGAUGAAUCUAAAAUUGAAAUAUUUGGACACCAGAGCAGUUUUUUUAUUUGUUAUUUGGCGUAAACUCAAUACAGCAUUCCAGGAAAAGAACCUCAUACCAACAGUGAAGCAUUGAGAUGGAAAUGUCAUGGUUUGGGGAUGCUUUGCUUCAGCAGGACCUGGCCAGCUCACAAUCAUAGAUUCCACCAUGAAUUCUAUCGUGUAACAUCGGGUGCUUGAGGAACAUGUGAGAUCCUCACCAUGAUCAGUUUGAAAAUGGCAGAAAGCAAAACAGGAGACAGCAUCCUUUUUGACUGAAUGUUCCAGGCAGGAAUAUUUAUAAUAAUACCUUGAAAAUGAAUGUUUUGUUGUUUCCCAUAAAUUUUUAGGGGAAUUCUUAAUCAGGCUGCUUAGGACAGCUAUGCUUUUGGCCAAGCUCGUCCUCCAUUGAAAAUGGUACACCCGGUGGUGGUUCUGUUGUACAAUUAGCGUCUUUAGUGGGGGAAACUGAAAUCUUUCAU